AUGGAUGCCUUUUUGAGCAAGAUCACUCAGCAUGCUAUGAACUAUGCUAUCCGGUCGGGGAUUGGGAUCACGGCAUCGUUCGCCAUCAGCCAAACCAGCAGGUUACUCAAGACUGUUGACGAUAAUGGAGACUACCAAGAGCUACAAAGCUUGCAAGAGCGGCUUGAUAGCAAAAUCAGAAUUAUCUCUCCAGCUAUCGACCUGAUAGAACUCAUCUCAGCAAGAGGGAACACGACUCUCGAAUCAGCCGUCACGUUGGCAAAAGCCCUUCGCUGGGAUAUCCAAUCUCUUGGGAUCCGGCUUGAAAAGGCUGCAGCUGCCGAGGAGAUAUCGCGCAAGAAGAGUGGCCGAGCAAAAUCCCGCGCUGCCCAUGAGGUCGAGAUUCGCUACAUCGUCCAAGACAUCCGAAAACUUCUGAUACGCAUUGAAGAUGCAGUGCCCCUCAUUAAUUUGGCCAUUGCAACUUCUGGUGCCAGUCUUUCAACCAGGCUCCCUUCAACAGUAUCGCCAUCCAGACUCUUACAGGCGAGCACGUUCCUCACUCUUGGCGAUACCCGGUAUUGUGAGAAUCCGGCAGUUCCAGCGCAGGUCGGUCCGGUUUUCACGCUGUCAUUAUACAUGCUCUAUAGCGGACAUGCUCCGGUAGGGCGCAAAGAGAAGUAUAAGGGUGAAGAACAGGAGCCCGAUAUGGCCAAGGGACGCAAGACUAAUAGGGGCCCCACUUGGAAAGAGGUCGUUCAUAAAGCAAGGGUGAAGUUACUGCGAGUUCCAUUGGAUUUUACGGAUCCCGCGUCGUUAGACAGCCAUACAGAGAGCUAUGGAGGAGAACAAACCAUAACAUCAGAUGAGGGACGAACGACCGAAUUCGCCUACCAGCUCGAGUUCAUCGAAGAUCUGGACGACGAUAGAGUGCACACAUUUGACGAUAAUGAACCUCAACCAGGCCCAUAUGGAGGUGUUCAGCUUGCAGGAAUCCGAGAAUCCCUUCCUAUUCACCAAAUUGGAAGGAUAUUCUACGCCGAUACUGGGAAGAUACUAAACAUCAGAAGUCAGCAUGAAACAAACAAUCCCGUGUUAUUAUUGAAGCGCGAUGUCGAUGCACUUCCGCCGCGCAAAUUAAUGCAAGAGAGUGAGAAGUCAUACCAGUGGUACGAAGACCCAGAGGACGCCCAUGCUCCAUACCUUUUGCAUGAUUCAGAUAGCGAUUCGCAAAAUGAUAUCGAUCGCCAAAUCCAACGAGAGAGUUCAGUGGCACUAUUGGAACAAGCAGCCGCCGAUAAUCAGCCGCCGGAGGAAGAGAGUAGGGCAUGGCGUUUCCCACAAGAUCUAGAUCCCGAGUGGAUAGCACUCGAAGUUUAUAACGAGCCCGAAGAAUUCAACUCCGACGACGAGCAAGAGCCGACCGAAGGCUCUACCUAUACCUCCCGCCAGCCAAGCUUAUCCGCCGAAGCCGAGUCGCCCAUCGAUAAAAGCCUGGCUGAGAAACUAGAAGCCAUCAACCUUUCACAGGACCCGCCUUCCCCAACUCCCACUCCAUCACCAAAGCCAACACCGCCACCAGCCGGCCUCACAGACCCCAUUACCGAACCUCCAUUCACAAAAUCCACCGCCGCCGCCCCUCCCACCCCCUUUGGACCUAUCCGGUCCUCGCUCUCCCUUCUAGAAAUGCUCAUCCGCCUCGCAUCCCUCCAACAAUUCCAACAAGCCUCCCACCUUUCUAUCCCCGACGAAUUCCUCGUCUUCUUCCUGGAAGAAUCCUCCUCCACAGGCCUAGGCGGCGCCGACGACCGCCGCAAAGCACGCAACGCAGCGCGCGAGAAGGUAGGAUUUGAUCCGUAUGACGAGACUCCUAUGAAGAGGCCUGGGGAAGAAUACACUGGAGGUGAUAAUCAAUGGGACUCCGCACCGGCUCGGUCGACAUAUACUGAGUACGAACGGAGUCCUAAUUAUUACGAUAAUCGCGGGUUUCGAAAUACCACCCCGAGCGGUUGGACUCCGCCCCCUAGACUGGGAGGUAGUGGGCGAGCGCCAGGCACGCCUGAACCACGGCUACCUCAUAAUCGCGACCUGUCUUCUACCCGUCCGGCUCAGGAGAUACAGGAUAUUCCACCUUCGUCACCCGUCAGUCCAUAUCGGCCGGUUCGGAAACUUACAAGGCAACUACAGAGGGUGAAGCAAAGCGCGGCGGUAGCAAGCCCGUUAGGGAGGGGUAUGAGUGUUGAGACCGAUUCUACGCUGGGAACGAGCCCGGGGAGUCCGACAUUGGUGGAGAGGGCGGAGAUGAUGCACAAAAGGGUGCAUGCGGAGAGGGGAACUGAGAGUGAGUAG